UACUGUGAGAGCUGAUUGGUCACAGCUUGUCACAUGAAACAAGGCUGUUGUGAAUAGCCUUGUACCAUGUGAUAUCUGUGAUCAUUCACAGAUUUCACUAGUAGUAAGCAAUGAUAUCAGUAAGUGACAUCUUGCUUUACUACUAUUCAUGUGAUCAUCGAUUGGCCAAUCAAGCCGCCAUUGGUGGCUGCAGAUGUCGAUCACCGGGUCCUGGCUGGAAAUUCCCAACCGGCACUCAGCGAUCGCCGAGGAACAGUGGAAGUGUGUGUGAACAACACAGUUCUCUCCCCUGUCAGCACCGAAAUGCUGCUGUG